ACUUCACUCCCAUUUUGAAGAGGACACCGAUCGAUGAGAAUUCACAGCUACCAGCAACGGAUAUCAAAAUUAGUGUAGCUAGCUGCAGCGCCCGAUAACCCGCUUCAAUAUUUUAUAUUUUUCUAAAACUAGUUGCAGGGAGCGGGCGCUACUAGUUAAUUAUUUUUUCAUGCUUCGGACCGUUUUUCCUCGUAAAGCCAAAAAACCGCGGCUAGAGUAACUCACAAAGAUAUAAAUAUUUUUAUUCCUCGCCGAAACUAAGAAAAUAUUUGGAAAUCUAACAAUAUAACAGACAAAUCGAUGCAGAUUAAUCAGUCUUAUCAAUGAUUUUCCUUCGUAAGUCCUAAUUGUAGUAAGCAAAACGUACCCAAAUCUAAUUGUCUUAUUGUUGUUACUGUUAUCAUAGAUACACUGUCCAAUUAAAUAAUCAUUUUUUUCCAAAACAAUUGUUGGUUUUAUCGAAGAAUAUGUUUGUGCAUAUUCUAAGAGUUGUGGAUUCCCUUUAAUAAUUACUGAUGUCUGAUUGCUGCUACUGACACGAUAUAAUGAACUAAGACGACCUACAAUGUGUUUUACAAAGAAGAUACUUCCAACAAGCAACAAAUAACAUUCUAACAGCUGUUCAAAAGAAACGAAAAUUGUACGACAAACAUUUAACACAAAAAGCAGAACAGUAUAAAGUAGGAGAUUCCGUAGGUAUUCAAAUUAGUGACGUUGAUCCAACAAAUAUUGAUGUUAAACUGCUACCAUGUUUAAUUCUUUCAAAGGAUAAAAAAGACGAUGAUUUCAUUUUUAAAAUAGCAUGUAAAUUUGGUAAAGUUGCGAUCGCGUACACGGUUGAAAGCUUGAUCGAUUUGCGAUCCGCAUGUCCAACAGAUUUAAAACUAAAUGAAGUAAGUUCUCUUGGUGAAAUAACAGUAAUCGAAGCUGCAAAAUUAUUGGUUCGCGGUGCUGUAUCCGGUGUAAUAUGCGAUUGUAAGACUAAAUGUGGCACGAAACAUUGUCCCUGUAAAAAAGUAGGAGUGGCAUGCUCAACAAAAUGUCAUGUUAAACAGCGUGGAUGUUUGAAUUCAACUUAA